AUGUUUCAACUUCUGUUAGAACUUUCCCUACUUUAACACCUUUCAGCACAUUUAAAGAAUAGAUUAAGGCUAACAGCAGAUGUCUUGAAAACUGAUGCAAAGUCUGUUUUUGACAGCUUUGUAGAGUUGCAGUUUCUGCAUUUGCAUGAGGAGAAUUGGUUGCCAUUUCACCAACUGUAAACAUUUUAAACAUUGUUUUUUUCACAGACAAAAUAAACACUAUCAGCCUUUCAUUGUACCCAGUGGAAGUUAUGGGCUCCAAGAUUUCUCAUGUAAUGUAAUUUUUUAUUACUCCCAGCUGACUUAAUCAAAGAAAACAAAACAUCCUUAACAAUGAACCUAAUCCUGACAAUAGUCCAUAAAACAAACAAAAUGAAUCAUUGAACACUGCAGAUACAGGGAAAGUCUGCAGUUUGCCAGAUUGUCACUAUCUCCUUUCUUAAAGAUGGGUGAUACCAAGGCUUUUUUCCAGUCCUCUGGUACUUGGUGGGAUGAUAGGGAUUAUCUAUUACCGAGGAGAGAGAUCCCAGAGGACUAUGAGAGAAUGACCAUCAGGCCUUGUAUGGCUUUAGUUUGUGUAUAAUAGCUUUACGAUACCAGCAGUUGUAAUUGAAAUGGGUGGCAUACAUAGAUGGUGUACAGUUAGGGGUAUGGUCGACGACCCUAUCGCACAGAUUUUCUUGUGCUUGUAUGUGGUAUAAAUCGCUUGAUACCAGAAGUCAAUUUCUCUCGAAAACUAGACCACUAAUAACCAUUUAUUGACAGAUCACAGGCAGUAGAAUGCACGACAGAGUCUACAUGUGUUCUUUAAGGCAUACCAUUAUGUUUUUCUAUACAAGGCAACCAUCCUGCAUUUUUGUUUGUUGAGUGUUGCUUUGAUAUUUAUACCCUCAACAAACACAGCAUCAUGAUCACUAAUACCUCGGAUAACUUGAGUCGUGAUGAUAAGACUGUCGUUAGUUAUAAACAAGUCUAAGACAUUAAUUACCCCCAUGAAAGAUUGGUUAUAAGUUAGACUAAGCCAUGAUCGUCAAAACAAUCAGCAAUAAUUUUCAGGUUAGCUCUGGGAAAUGACACAUUGGAAAUAGGCAAUUGUGCUUCCAGUCAAAUACAGGAAGUUUAUGUCUCUUGCUAUCCAGAUAAUUAUGUGAUGAGGACUAUUGCAACCAAUCUGUUGCAGUGAUCUCUCAAAGUUUUCUAAACUUAUGGCGUCUCCUUCAUUCGGGUUAUAAAAGGCACAAACUUACAAGGUCUUCCACACUCAGUCUCUAGAGUAUAUUCCCAGGGAAAGAAGUUAUAGCAACCAGACAUUUGGGGUGGUAGCAAUCCAAAUCCAUGCACAUUCCACAACUGACAUUAUGCACAUUCUACGCACAUACCACAACUGACUUUGUGGUUAUGAACUCUCUCCAUGAGGAAUCAAAAUCUGAAAUCUGAGUUUUAGCUAAAGUAUACAAGCUCUCUUCCUGAGCUCUUCGGAAAAAGCUAUAAAAGCAACUGACAAAGGAGCCAACAUUUUGGUUCCGAAACUGGUCUAGCGUCAAAGAGUUCUAUUUGGAAGUCUACCAUGGCACAACAACAAACAGCUUCUGACCAUCCAGGAGAUGAUUGCCAUUUUAAGCAGUAUGGUGGAUAGCAGUGCUCCCACAAUAUCACCGAUCAAGUCAUCCAAGUGAUCACAUGAUCUUGACAGUCCAGAAACAGUGAUUCCAGACUCACAGGGCUCCAGCCUCCAAGAAACCAAAAACAUAUCAGACAGAGGGCACCAAAACCAUCUGCAAUCGACUUCUUACGCUGAAAACCAGACGAGCCAAAUGCAAAAGGUCAUUACAAGCCCUGAGGGAACACGCAAAGAACUCUACGUGCCCCUAUGGUUUACAAUACAGGUUGAGACCCCAUAAUUAUGUAUGUUGUACAGUUCAACAGAGAAUUCCAGCCCACCUUGGACCAGAUCGGUCGCCUAGCCCAAGCGGAACUAUUAAUGCUGAUGAUAAAACAGCAGAAAAAGAACUUACAUGUACAUUGUACACGUAACAGCUAACAAUGAGGCUAUCCAGGCCCAACAGCAGUUACUACAAGACCUGUAUCCACACUGGUCAGCAGAGUUCCCAGGCAACCAGAAACUUUGCUGCCAACAGAGGGGGUGACAAAUUGUUCUUUACGAGCAUUCGCGAGCAUGCCAAGCACUGAGAUUUUUUUGCGAGCACAAGCAGAGAUAAAAAAUUAAUUUUCCUUUGCGAGCAGCAAGCAGUUUAGAGAGUACAACUCGCGAGCAGCAAGCACUUCUUAUAUUUUCCGCUUUCAGUAUCCAUAUGGAAAUCCUUUUCUUUAAAAUAAAACAGAAAAUAUUUUAAAACAGGGUUUUAAUUUAUCUGGGCACCAAGUUCCUUUGAAGCUAGUUUGAAUGACACCUUAUCGAGGUCUAACCAAUUACAGUCGCGUUUGAUGCCAAAUGACGUCACAUUUUCGCUUCACUUCAUCACGCUUAUGUUUGUACAGAUUAGAAAGCAAAGGUCACAAGAAGAACAACCAUAAAUAACCAUAUAAGCUAGAUUAGCUAAUUUAUUAUUUAUCAUUGUCAUUUAUCGUGUGCAUUUCCACUGAACUUGAUAGCCAUAUUUAUAGGAAAUAAGCACCAUACAGAAUUACAUUUACUUUAACCCAAACAAGGAUUUACAAAAUUUCAAGCAAUAUACUGAACAAGAAAGUGAGCUUGCGAGCAACUGCAAAAAUUUGGGGAGCACGAGCAAGCGAGCACUCGUUUAAAUUUUGCAAGCAGUUAAAAAUUUUCAUGGACCAUUAAUUUUAUCACCCCUAACAGAGCCAGACCCAGGUCCAGGACGUAGAAAACUGCACCUAAGAAAGUUCAGCAAACUUGUAAUAUCGCCUCCAUGCAAGCUCAACUAUCUGAGCUACAGAAAAUGUUUUGUAAAGACAGUGAAGCAGUCAAUGUAAAUAAACAAGUUCAACAGUGUACUGGUGUGUCUUUUCUUGACUCAAAGGAUUUCAUAAAAAGUCGAUAAUUAUAUUAAAAAGGGUCAGAUAAAUAAGAAACGCUCUCCACACUUAAAGGUCAUAAAAUUUAUACCAGCCCCUCCUGUUCCUAGCUCCAAUAAAUCCUUAUUAAAGGAUUUCAAUAAUAUUAUUUCACUAUGCUCCUUUAGAUACAUAAUGAUUGUAAUAUCUCAGCGAACAAGAGAAAAGCUAUCGGCUCACUUGAAAUGUAAUAGCAAAAUCAAUCUUAAAAAAGCUGAUAAAGGAACAACUACACUAUGAACUAUGAACACCGUCACAAAAAUAGACGAAGGCUCACAACAAUUAUCUGAUGAUAAAUUCUACAAGCCCCUUACAAAUCCUAUUGUGCUAAACACUGCCCAAAAAGUGAAUCGAAUAGUCAACGAACUAUCCCUUCCAGGCAAUAUAGACACAAUGACUCAAAUGGUUAACAAUCAGCCUUAACCAAUCACGCAUACCAGAAUUUUACACACUGACAAAAAUCCAUAAGAAAAUACCAGUCAGCUGCAGACCAGUCAUUUCUGGUAGUAGCGCGGCCCAACUGAGCACUAUUAUCUCCAGUUUCAUUGACUCACUAUUACAGCCGUCCAACCUAUCGCACAAAAACAGGAGUCAUAUUUGAUAGACACUACCGAUUUCAUCAAGUUUAUUGAAAACACGCAAAUCUCUAAUGAUGUGGUUUUAGUCACUCUAGAUGUGAGUUAUCUCUAAACAAACAUCCCUCAAACAAAGGGUACUGAUGCUUAAAAAAAUUUGCCCUCAUUAUGAAAAGCACUAUGAGCAUAAUUCGCCAAUUCCCACAAACGAUUACGGGAACUUUUACGGCUCAUACUCGAAGAGGAUUAUUUCAUUAUUUUAACAAAAGACACUUCAUACAAACACAAGGCGUUGCAAUGGGAACUAUGAGAGGGCAGUUGCUUUCUCUGUUGAUUUUAUGGCAGACAUAGAUAAACGACCGCUAAUCACUCACCCCUAUAAACCUUUGGUUUGGAAGAGAUUUGUUGAUGAUAUCUUUUCACUGUGGGACAUUUCAACCAAAGAAGUUUACAAUUUUGUUGACUUCACUAACACAUUCCACCCGAGGGAACAUCUAUAACUGAAUUGACAUCUAAAAGUAAAGUUAACAACUUUAUUUAUAAGUCGCUACUGAGAAAAAGAAUCUCUACACCCAUUAGAAGCCAAGAGAAGUGGCUCAGUGACCUUCAAGUUGAAAAUGCAAGUGAUAUUUAUUGGAAAGAUGCAUACACAGUUGCUUUCCACUGUACGGCUUCUACAGAAUUAAGAACUUUUCAAUAUAAGUUUUUGCAUCGGAGGAUUGCUACCAAUGAUUUUUUAAAGAAAAUUAAUUUAAAGCAAUCGGACAAAUGCUCUUUUUGCCAAAGGGAAAUAGAGUCUAUAUCUCAUCUAUUUCUGAGAUGUUCGGCAACAAUUGCUUUUUGGAACGAUGUUAAACAAUUUUUAAUUCAAAAGCGCCUCAAGAGUACUGCACUACCCGAUUUGCAUCUGAUGCGACUCUCCUAAAUUUGCACCCUCUACCGCCAUUGAUCUCGUUCUUCUUAUUGGGAGAUAUCAUAUAUACUCGAGCAAACUUGCAGGUACGUCUCCCUCCAUGACUCUUUUUAAGGGCAAACUAAAUUCCGUCAUUGAGAUGGAAAAACAAGAAGCACUCCGCUGUAAUUCUUUCCCCGUCUUUUCACACAAAUGGAAAUUUUUUCUUAUUUAAAUUUGUUGCUUGCACUUGUUACCCUCUAGCUAAUCGCUUUGACUUAGCCAUGUGUCCUGCAAAGUUGAGCCAUCCACCGUCCACCGUUCACCGUCCUUUCCUUUUAUUGCAAGUAACUAAGCAAAUUCAAGCAUAAAUGUAACCUCAGCUAUUUUUAUGUUUGUUUUGUCAAGUUGUAAUAAUUAUGUAUACGUUUUGUGUGAUCUAAAUUUAGCUGAAAUUAGAAAUUAAAUAAAUUAAAAAAAACACAUUCCACCCUACAAAUAUCAAGUUUACUUGUGAAAUAUCAUCCAAAUGCACUGUUUUUCUUGAUACUGAGGUUUUUAAGGGACCUCGCAUUUCAACUCAUAAAAUACUUCACUUGCAAACACAUUUCAAGCCUACUGAAACUUUUCAAUAUACACACUUCUCAUCUUGCCACCCUUCAGACUGCAAAAAGGGUAGAGGAAAAGCACUACAUGUACAGCUGCUUCAUUUACCACAAAAAUUUCAUCUUUUGUUUCAUGAAUCCCAUCCCAAAACAGUGAAUAUCCAAGGAUAUUCCGGGUUACAGGAGCCAAUCAGAACGCAUGAAGAUUGCUAUCCACUGAUUUGGUGAAUACUAAUUUUGGUUAAGUUUAUGAGGCAAGAUCUGUGAAGAGUUUACACAUUUUGGUGAUGCAGUUUCUUGAGGCAACUUUACCCAGGUACUAGGACCUUCAAUGGAACCUGAUUCACACUGUUUCCUAACCCUAAUCACUAAACAUCAGAGUCAUUUGGCAUUAAGCAGGCCUUCAGCAUUCUGGAAAAUACCUCUGUGAUCGAUAUAUGUGCAUUAAAAGAAUCCAUAAGCAAACAAAUGGCUAACGUUUUUUAAGCAUUUCUUCUCAUAUUUUCUGCAAAAUGGACCUGUAAUCUAGAGACAGCUCUGGUAAAGAAAAAAAAUACCUUAGCCAAGAGUCUAACAUGGACCACCUAAAUGAAAAGUCAACUCCUAGUCUCCUGUGUAGCCUGUGUAGCAAGCGUUGAAUCCGUUCGGAGCAAAGAAAGACUUGAGGAACAGGAUUCUCUGCUUUGGCCACGCGAGAAAUGAACAAGAGCCAAAAAAUGGAAAUGGGGGAAGGGGGAGGGGAAGGAAGGAAAUGCUUGCAGACAAACCCCUCGAUUUUGAAAACCUGCAUUCACCAGCGAACACAGUGCCUGAUUGGCUUGGCUAGUUGAACAAUAUUGACAUGUGUCGAUCAAAGGUUUGUUUCAUACUGAGAAGUCAUGGAUGGUACGUGGUCGGCAAGAUUUGCCCUCCAAUGCAAGAGCAUUUUCAUUGACCUCUUUUGAAAUGUAAAGCUUUUCUUGCGACUAAAUAAGGGUUUCAGGUCAUUUAAUUUAUUCUCUUAAGUGCCUCCUUGAUCUGAAUAACUAAAAGCGAUUUUCUUUUGUCAGCGAAUGUGAUGGUUUCCUGCAAAGUUUUGUCAUGCUGGGUCCAGCUCGUUAGUGUUUUUUUUUUUCAGGAUGUUAAAUUCUCUCGGAUAGUGAUUUCAGAUCCAAAUUUCGAAGAAUGGAUUGCACCUUAAACUGAAGUUACGUCAACUAUGGAGAACUGCAUUGUGACUCAGUAGAGACUGCUAAUUAAGCAAUGAUUGAUUGGUAAUAACUUUUGAAUUGUGACUGUUCUGUUAUCGCCCUUUCUAAUCAGGCAAGACCAUGGUUUCGGUUCUCCACGCAAACUUCAUCAGUCACUGGGUUAGCUUUGUUCUUAGAUGCUUUUACAAGAGCAAAUCUAGUUGUCUGUACCGUGGCGAGAACAGUGAGCUGUUCUGUCUGGUAGAGCUUUGACCUUGUACAGCUUAUGCAUUGAUCGUUUGGAUUCAUUGAGACUUCAACAUUAAUGCCGUCCAUGCGUCCCAAAAUACAAAAAAUAAUUUUGGUUUCACACAUGCAUCCUCUAAAGUUCAUUAUUUUCUGCUCUACAGAAGCCCAAACAUUUUAUUGGUCCAUUUCGACAGCUGAUGACAGCAUCAAAUGUCGGUGUGCAAACUCAAGCAUGACAGGCCAAAUGGGUGGUUUUCAAAAUCCUGGGGUUUGUCUGCAAGAGUUUCCUUCCUUUCAUCCCCACCCCCUCCCCGCUCUCUUACUUGUGCCAUUUUUUGUCCGGUCUUUAAUUUACUCUAGUUCCUCAUUCUUUGCUCCUAAACCACAUGGAAACGCUUGCUACGGAGGCUAUCUCGUGUGCCACGUAACCAAAUAUUAAUUAGGCAAGGAAAAUUACUAAUUUAAAGCAUUUUGCCCGUGAAAAUCUGCCAGUAAAUGCUGUCUGAAGCUGGUGGAGCUGUAUUUAUCAAGGAUUCAAAGAUAUAUACAAAGAAACUAAGCAGGGGUUUGAUGGUUAAAGCCCUACUUUAACUCCUUUCAUCCCAUGUGAAGCAUCUAUUAUGGCCGACAGCUGAUAAGUUUCUCAUAAACUGCUGCAAAGUCUCUUAUUGGUGGCCUUGUAGAGUUGAAUUUCCUACAUUUGCAUGAGGAGAACUGGUUGCGAUUAACCAGCUGUAAACAUUUUAAACAAUCAUUUUCUCACAGAGGAAGUAUUACAUAAUCAACUUGGCGCACGUUCAGUGUAUGCACUCGAGCACCUGUUCCUCUAUAACCGAGCUUGUAUUCCUAGAGAGUCAGAGGAUUAUUAAAAACAAGUGUUUUAAACUAAUGCGCAUCUUUUCAGGAAGUAAACGUAUCAGCCUUUCAUUGCACCCAGUGGAAGUUAUGUUGCUUGGAAACCUUAAUGCAGCUCGACAUCACAAUCAAUGACAUCACUGCAACUACAUGUACCAUCCAAAGCCGACUCGUGUUUCUGCCUCACUAGACGAUCCAUGCACAUAAAUAUUUCACAACUGACACAAAGGUCAACAACAUAAAUAUAAACUCUGGAGCAACUGCUGAAUACCCUGCCACUCUGUCUCUCUCCAUGAGGAAUCAAAAUCCGAAAUAGAGUUUUAGCUUAUUUCAGUCAUGUAGUUCAGUUAUUUAUCAACAGAGCAAUGACCUGCACUUGCGAUCAUGACCUGUGACCUGUGACGUGUAUCCUGUACCUGACAAAUUUCAUGUUUGACCUUAAUAUGUACUAGAUCUCCUGGAUUUACUUGAUCGAUGAUUUAAGCCACAAGCUUAAUCCUUUAAUUACCAUUACCAGUAUUACUUGCUUAUGAGACCAUAGUUUCCUGCGAAAAAAUCUUAAAUUUAAGCUUAAGUUAAGUUAAGCUAACCAAACAUAAGCUUACCUCACAAGACCCGUGCCAGAUUUUUCACUUCUGCCCUGCCACGUGCGAUAAUUUUUAGAUGAUGAAUAAAGCCAAGCGUUGACGAGUAGGAAAAAGAACGGCUGAAGCUCAAAUCCGAGGUCCAGAUGUCCAAUUCUGUUACUUUAGAUCCAAUUUACUACACACAUGUUCUGUCGGGUCAAUAAUCCGCCGCCAUAUUGGUUUCGUUUAGAACCCAGUCUCUCGAUUGGCGCGUGUGUCUCGCGCGCGGGAUUUUCCAGUACUCGUUUCGCGUUUCUAGAACACUCGUAAAACGCACUAAAUGGAAUCAGGAAAAUAAACAUUUUCAUGCCUAUUUCUUGUUCAUUAGCUUUCGCGAUUUAUGAGGGAGAUAAAUAGUAAAUAUAAGUUCUAACAGUGACGAGUACUUCAACUGAGUAAUGAAACCAGCACAUGAGGAAUGUGAGUGCUGAAACCCAUAUGGGCUUAUGGGAACGCAAAAUAUGGUUCGCGCAUGCCUAGGAAUCGAAGCAAGAUUUUCAAUGUGAAAGUAAUCCACAACCCUUGCAAUUGCGAGCCUUUAAGUAAAAUAGGCAGGCUCUUGACAUGGAAACUAUUCCAGGAGCUAGAGUCCGCGGUUCACUGGUGAGACGGUUAUAUCAUGCUGAUUGGUUUCUCGCUGUGGACUUGAUGAUAUUUCAUAUUUUGAUGAUCCCUAAUAAGGAUAGUCUGCUACACAGCCGUUUUUAGUGUCGUCACGCAACGCUCCUCCCCACUAAGGAGCGUUGCGUGACGACGCCCCUGGGUCGAAACAGCUGUCUGCCAACACCCAGGUGAUAUGGCUUUGCACAUGCGUUAGGCACUGGUCAGGCCGUGGGUUAAUGUACGUGUGCCAAUUGCUGUUAAUCGGCGUAGGAAAACGCAACUAUUGUAGAUACCUUCUGAACUUUUCCAGUAAUGGGGUGGUUUCAUCGAAAUAAUUGCGCUAUUGCAUUGCGUUUGACACCCGCGCUCAAUUUUGAUGAAGGCGCCGCCCAAGAGAAUAAACAAACAUAAUGGUGUUGGAAAUUACCUUCAUGGGAGGUGAAUAAAUUCCAUUUUUUGGCAUUAUUUUCAGGAGAAUCUUCAGCAGCCACGUUUUUGAGCGACGUACGUCAACCGGAAAUGGACUUUUGUACUCUUCAGCCGUGAUUUUGAACAAAUUUUGGCGCAAAUCGUCUCUUUAAGAGUAAACACACUUAGCAAUACAAAUUUGGCGGCGUCAAGGCAUAUUAACAAGAAAAAGGCUUACAUCUGGUUAAAGAACGUCUCUCAAAAAACGUCGAUGCUUAAACUCGAUAUUGACUUUGAAUGUGACAACAUUGGAUGCUCGUUCCCAGAUUCCUCGCGGCACUAGUUUUCGCGGGAAAAAUAAAACGGUCCUCAAUGCGUGCAGAGUAAGUGAAAGCACGUGCUAAAAAAAUGACGACCUUCUAACAGACUAAAACAAUGACUUAACGAGGCAAGAUAGCAAGUUUGUAUAAAUCUUUUUUUUUCUAUCAGAACUAGCCUUUUGAUCAUUUUACAUACAGGGAUAACAAGAUAAUUCACUGAACAGGAAAGUGAUCUUACUGAUUAGUAGGGUGUAUCUUCACAGCUAGCCUUGCGUCCCAGCGACUUGGCAAUGCUUUUCUUAUUCUCUUCCUGGAGAAAGACUAGCUCGUAUUAAUGCAGUAAAAAUACGGAGAUUUCCAUGCUUUAUAGGGUUGUUUCGCAAUCCAAAACGUUAUCAAUAUAAAGACUAAAAGGUGAAUGCAUAGCCUGCUUGCAUACGUGUAGGAGGAGAAUAACAGAGAAAAUACGAGCAGUAAGAACACAGGCUAAAACAGCGUAAAACCGUCGCAUUGCUCGGUGUGACUCGCUGGAAUUUUUUACUGUUUUUAAGUCUAAAAGCAAUAAACGUACUGAAGUCGGACGGACAAUUACGACUACUAUACCCACGUGCACGUAUGCUGCAAACUGCUGAUUUAAUCACGUUAGGCAGGACUCGAUGUAAGUUGAAAUUCACAAGAAAAUUACAUGAAUCAAAAUAAUAAGAAUGCUGUUUUUUAUGAUGACUUUGUUUCUGAUUCUGCUUUGUUCUCUUUUACCGAUUGCCCGUUUUGGAGCUUUAACCUUUAACCUUCAAAAUCUUAAGUGGGAGUAGACAACGGGGGAUUCACAGUGGCGGAUCCAGGGGAGAAGCUCGGGUGGCCCGCGGGCCCCCCCACCACCCAGGAGAGGAGCUCGCCCCCCCCCUCCCCACUUAUUUUUAGACCAAACUGAGGCCCGAAGUUCAUCAUCAGAUGGGAUGGGUGAACGUUGAAGAUGGCGGAAGAAGAGGCUUGAUGCACAGGUACCCAAAUUGUACUUUUCUUGAAAGAAUCCAAUUUUAACUUUAUAGGUAGAUAUGUUUCCCGAGCAAAUUAAAACACAACUUGCUUUAAUAUGCAAUCCAUUUGUUUGUCUUCCUUAUAGCUCAGUGAUAAUCCAUUGAUUCAUCAUAUGCUCGCCCCAUGGAAGAGAAUCCAAGACAGUCUUAGGGUGCGUUCCUUUGAGAUGAUCAGGAUCAGUGAUCCGUCAUCACUUGGAUCAUGGUAGAUCAAAUGAACCGAUGAAUCCACUGUGGACAAGGAUUCAUCGGUUCAUUUGGGUCUACCAUGAUCCAAGUAAUCUCGGAUCACUGAUCCUGAUCCAGAUCAUCCCAAAGGAACGCACCCUUAGAGAUUCUGGAUUCCGCCGUGGAUUACGGAUUCAAGGCACUGGAUUCCAGUCUAAAAAAUUAGUCUUUUUCAGAAAGGAACUUGGAUUCCAGAUUCUAAUCGUUAGUGGAAUUCCAGAUCCCUUGAGCUGUAUUCCGAGUUCCAAAGCCCAAAAUGACGAGCGAUGUAGGGGGUCCAAGGAAGACCGCUAG